UGUGAAAAAAAUGGAGAUGUCAAGAAGAGAAAGUCAAAUCGGGCAGAUAUCCCUGAUAGUCUUCGUCAAGAAGCAGAAACAUGCUAUCGACUUAGGCUGCCUGAAGACUUUUAUCAGUUUUGGAAGUUUUGUGAAGAACUAGAUCCUGAGAAACCAAGUGAUGCACUUGUGUCAAGUGUUGGACUUACACUGGUUGGGCCGUAUGAUAUUCUGGCUGGAAAACACAAAAAAGCAAAAUCAACAGAUCUGAACUUCAAUCUUCAUUGGAGAUUUUUCUAUGAUCCCCCAGAAUUCCAGACUAUACUUGUUGGGGAUAUCAAAACACAGUAUCACAUGGGAUAUUUCAGGGAUGUGCCAGAUGAGCUUCCAGUGUGGGUUGGUGCAAACGAAGCUAAGAAGGGCUGUGUGAUUUCACAAGUUGGUGAUAACGUCUUUGCUGCAGUCAAGUUAUUUUUGUCAAAAAAACUUAAGGAACUGACUGAUAAAAAGAAAAAUGCUAUUUUGAAAGACAUAGAUGAAAAACUGACAAGGACAGCAAAAGAGCUGGGUUAUUCUCUGGAACAAAAAACCACGAAGAUGAAACAGAGAGAUAAGAAAGUGGUGACCAAAGCGUUUCAUGGAGCAGGCUUAGUUGUUCCUGUAGACAAAAAUGAUGUCGGGUACAGAGAGCUUCCCGAAACAAAUGCUAAUCUUAAAAAAAUUUGUAAGGCCAUUGUUGAUGCUCCUACUGAUGAUGAGAGACUGAAGGCCUUUGCGCCCAUCCAAGAAAUGCUCACCUUUGUUCAGUUUGCUAAUGACGAAUGUGACUAUGGAAUGGGAUACGAACUGGGUAUGGACCUGUUUUGCUAUGGAUCACAUGUGAGUACUACAACAAUCACACUUAACAAAAUUAUGCGUUAUGUUAU